GUACUUCCUUUGAAUGGGGAAAAAGCAAAAGCUCCUUAAAAUUAAGUUUCUAUUUCUAUGACAAAAAAAAAAGUCCUUCCACCCAAGUUAAAAAAGUAUCACAACUUUUCCACAAUCUUGAGUCUACAUAAAGACAAUACUAAUUGUCCUUCUUUUUUGUUAGUUUUCCUGGAUCCUCAAAUCCAAACAAAUCUUCCUCACAUUCUCUUGUUAUAGUCCACACCACAACCACAAGUGAAUUUGUCAACUUGUUUCAGCUUCUUUUUACUCUCCCUGUUAUGUACUUUGUAUCCUUCUCUGCUAUAUACACUUUGCAGUAAAAAAAAAAAUCAUUUUUUUCUUGUCUUAAUCACUAAUAACCUUGUGUAUUGUUGUUAAAGUUCAUGAACAUUCUGAAUGCACAAAAGGGUUUCUUUUCUGCGUAAUUUCUAAGUGUUAAAUACCAUUCCUUAAUGGGUUUGGGGGUAUUUGGAUCUGUUCUUGUUUUAACAUUUUUUUUCAAGCAUUUAGCUUCUCAGCAACCAAAUACUGAUGAGUACUUUGUGUCUGAGUUUUUGAAGAAAAUGGGUUUAACAUCACCCUCCAAAGUUUACAACUUUUCUUCUUCUGAUUCUGUUUGUUCAUGGAAAGGAGUUUUCUGUGAUGCCAAGAAAGAACAUGUUUUAGAGUUGAAGUUUUCUGGUAUUGGUCUCACUGGUCCUAUUCCUGAUACCACUUUAGGCAAACUUAGCAAGCUUCAAUCUUUGGAUCUUAGCUUCAACAAAAUCACUGCUUUACCUUCAGAUUUUUGGAGUUUGACCUCUCUCAAGAGCCUUAAUCUUUCCUCCAAUAAGAUUUCAGGUUCAUUGACUAACAACAUUGGUAACUUUGGUUUACUUGAAAAUGUUGACUUGUCAAACAAUAGUUUCUCUGAUGAAAUUCCUGAAGCUUUGAGCUCACUCAUGAGUUUAAGAGUUCUUAAACUUGACCACAACAUGUUUGUUGGAAGAUUACCUUCUGGUAUUCUAAAAUGUCAGUCUUUAGUUUCAAUUGAUGUUUCAUCAAAUCAGUUGAAUGGAACACUUCCUAAUGGUUUUGGUUCUGCUUUUCCUAAGCUUAGGAAUUUGAACCUUGCUGAGAAUAAUAUCUAUGGUGGUAUCUCAGAUUUUUCAGGGUUAAAUUCCAUUGUGACUCUCAACAUAUCUGGUAAUUCAUUUCAAGGUUCUAUCAUGAGUGUCUUUGUGUUAAAGUUGGAGGUUUUGGACCUUCGCAGAAACCAAUUUCAAGGUCACAUGUCUCAGGUAGAGUACUAUUCUACUUACAACUGGUCUCAUUUAGUUUAUCUUGAUUUGUCCGAGAAUCAUCUUAGUGGUGAAAUUUUCACAAACUUGAACAAUUCUAUGAAUUUGAAGUACCUUAAUCUUGCACACAAUAGAUUUACUAGACAAAAAUUCCCACAGAUUGAAAUGCUCUCAGGAUUGGAAUAUCUGAACUUGUCCAAAACUAGUCUUGUUGGUCACAUUCCUGAUGAAAUUUCACAACUGAGUAGUUUGAAGUCAUUUGAUGUUUCGAUGAAUCAUCUUGAUGGCAAAAUUCCAUUACUGAGGAAUAAGCAUUUCCAAAUUUUUGAUCUUUCACACAACAAUUUGAGUGGACCAGUACCUUCAUCUGUCCUAGAGAAUCUCUCAAGGAUGAAGAAAUACAACUUCUCAUAUAAUAACUUAACCCUAUGUGCUUCAGAAAUCAAACCAGAUAUCAUGCAAACAUCUUUCUUUGGAUCAGUUAACAGUUGUCCAAUUGCCGCGAAUCCGAGUCUCUUCAAAAGAAGAGACAAUGACCACAAGGGAAUGAAACUAGCUCUAGUAUUAACCGUAUCGAUGAUAUUUGCGCUUCUUGGCCUUUUGUUUCUAGCAUUUGGUUGCAGAAGGAAACAUAAAAUGUGGGAAGUGAAACAAAGUUCAUACAGAGAAGAACAGAAUAUCUCAGGUCCAUUUUCAUUCCAAACUGAUUCAACAACUUGGGUGGCUGAUGUUAAACAAGCAACAUCAGUUCAGGUAGUAAUCUUUGAGAAACCAUUGUUGAAUAUUACAUUUGCAGACCUGUUAUCAGCAACUUCAAAUUUUGAUAGAGGUACCCUUUUGGCUGAAGGAAAAUUUGGACCUGUUUAUAGAGGUUUUCUACCUGGUGGUAUUCAUGUAGCAGUUAAAGUUUUGGUUGUUGGUUCUACAUUGACAGAUGAAGAAGCUGCAAGAGAGCUUGAGUUUCUUGGUAGAAUCAAGCACCCUAAUCUAGUUCCUUUAACUGGUUAUUGUGUAGCUGGUGAUCAAAGAAUUGCUAUAUAUGAUUACAUGGAGAAUGGUAACUUGCAAAAUCUUCUUUAUGAUUUGCCACUUGGUGUGCAAAGCACAGAUGACUGGAGCACUGAUACGUGGGAAGAAACUGACAACAAUGAUGGAAUUCAAAAUGUUGGGUCUGAAGGAUUACUCACAACAUGGAGAUUUCGCCACAAGAUCGCUCUUGGAACCGCAAGAGCGUUAGCAUUUCUGCAUCAUGGAUGCUCCCCUCCAAUAAUUCAUAGAGCUGUCAAAGCUAGCAGUGUUUAUUUGGACUAUGAUUUGGAGCCAAGGUUGUCUGAUUUUGGACUUGCCAAGAUUUUUGGAAACGGUUUGGACGAAGAGAUUGCGUGCGGUUCGCCCGGUUAUGUUCCGCCAGAGUUUAGUCGUCCGGAAUUUGAGUCUCCAACGCCGAAAUCUGAUGUGUACUGUUUUGGAGUUGUACUCUUUGAGCUACUAACUGGAAAGAAACCAGUUGGAGAUGAUUAUACUGAUGAUAAAGAAGCGGCGAGUUUGGUAAGUUGGGUUAGAGGACUUGUAAGGAAGAAUCAAACUUUGAGAGCUAUUGAUCCGAAAAUUCGCGAUACGGGAUCGGAUGAACAAAUGGAGGAAGCUCUUAAGAUUGGAUAUCUAUGCACAGCUGAUCUACCUUUUAAGAGACCAACCAUGCAGCAGAUAGUUGGACUUCUAAAGGAUAUUGAACCUACAACUAGUUAGCAUUUAGAGCAACAUAUCAUGGGAAAGAAUGAUAUUCCUUUUAUUUAACUUUUUGUUUUUGUUUUCUUCUUGUGUACUUGAGAUUGAGAGCUUCCAAUGCAACCGAGGAGAAAAUGUGGAGAAGUUAUGUUCUUGAGUACUGUUUGUUAAUGUUAAUGUUAAUCUUUUUUUUUUCUUAGCUUUGAUGAAUAUACACCAGAACUCCGUCUUUGAUCUGAUAUGUUACUGCAGCUUGUAGUAGUGCUCUUGCAUUCACUGUACUUUUACUUAUUUAUAUACUUUGCAUCUCAAUGUAAUCAAAUAUGUUUUGUUUUGUUUUGUAAAUUGCAAUUGCAAAAGUACAUUUGUUUCAGAA